CGUGGCUACCGAGGGCGAGCCAGGCACAGCUCUGAGAGCUGCUGGGAGUUGCGUUAUCCCGGCUGGGCUCUCGGUUCCUGGGGGAGCCCCGGGACACAAGAUCCUUUCUGGGUGGCCUUGGCGCCGCCUUUCCUUGACUCUACCCGGCCGCGGCCUUUGGCCCUCUGGCCUCGGUGUGCUGCCGCAACUCCCGCUGCCGAGCUAAAUCGAAGCAAUCCGGGGCCUUGGCUGUGACCCCUGCUUACCUUGUGGCCCCCUUCGUCCCUGCAGCGACCUCCUGGCAGCCCGCACCAUGGAGGGACAAGGCGACGUGGCCUCAGCCGGCCAGGCGCGAGCAGCGAAGAUGGGUGCUGCUAAGGAAGACCUUUGUCUUUUGGCAGAUGAAAAAUUUGACUUUGAUCUCUCAUUGUCUUCUUCAAGUGCAAAUGAAGAUGAUGAAGUCUUUUUUGGACCUGUGGGGCAUAAAGAAAGAUGCAUUGCUGCCAACAUAGAAUUAAAUAAUCGGAUUCCUGAGCAGCCUCUUCUGUCAGCAGCUGCCAGUCCCUGCUCCUGGAGCCCUCUCACUGGGGAGAAGUUCGUGGAGGUGUAUAAAGAAGCUCACUUACUAGCUUUACAGAUAGAAAGCCGCGGCAGAAAAGAGGUAGUCCAGGCUGCCAAGGCCGACAAACCCGAAAGCCCUUGCAACCAGGGCAUGGAAAAAUUUGUCCAGGAAUCAAAGUUAAAAAUGAACCUCUUUGAAAAAGAACAGGCAGUGGAGAAGAGCCCCAAGUCACUUAAAAGAGAGACAUACUUCCUGUCAGAUAGCCCCUUGAUGGGGCCACCGCUUUCAGGGGUCCAGCCUUCCUCAGAGGAGCUCCUGUCCCUGACCUUUUCCCCAGCCCUGCCCAGCACCCCUACCUUGGCUGGGCCUGCCCUGCCUAACACUGCCCUAGCACAGGGGCCACCACACUUGUCUUACCCUUUGCCAGGGAAGCCAAGUCUUGCCCACCCUCUGAAUCAAGGUGCCCAGAAGAGGAUCACCAGCAAGUUGCAGCUGCCACGAGUUUCAUCUCUGAGAGGAAAACUGGCCAUGGAGAAGCCAAAGAAAGAAGUACCACCUAGUCCUUCCAGAAUGAAACUCCUAAAUGAGACUGAAUCCCAUGGGGAUGUGCUCUUGGACAAACCCAGCACUGCUCUGGAUACUGCCAGCUUGCCAGGCAGCAGAAACCAGCACCCAGUUCAAGGCAAGCGAUCGCUCCCCAUUCCCAACAAGUUGGGACUGAAGAAGACCCUGUUAAAACCACCUGGCUGCACUGGCAGUCUCAUGAAGAAAUCCUCUUCCUCAGGGUCUGUUUUGAGCCUGACAUCCAGUGUGGGUGUGUCUCCAGCAGCAGGCAGAGCCAAGUCAAGCGAACUUGCCAGCAUUCCUGCCAGCGGCUCCCGGCCUCUGUCAGACACUAGCAAGUUGGGCAGAGCAGGACCUGCCAUGCUGCGCCAUUCCCUGCCAACAGCCCCUGCAGGGGUAUCCUGCAGGCAAGCCAGGAAGGCUGAUGCUGCCCCAUUGACCACAGCAGAGCAGCCCAAGGUGCCCACCAUGGCUCCUGUCACCCAGCCCCAGACUCCAGAUUGUGGAGGCCCAAGGCAGGACCCUGACUCUACUUUGUCAGCAUCUUCUCAACUGAAUAAAACCAGAAGCAUAAGAAGGCAAGACUCCUGUCUAAAGUCCAAAACGAAGGCUGUGCUGACCCCUACAAAUCCAUUUAAAGUUCCUAAAUUUUCUAUUGGUGAAUCCCCAGACAGUUUAACACCAAAGUCCUUCCGUGCACAACGGCUGCAGUCGUGGGCGGCUGGCAGGGUCGUUGUUCAUAGCACUCCUAUAAGACGGUCAUCUGGCCCAGCUUCACAAAUCCUCUCAGGCAGCAUGAGGACCCCCAUGAAUUCAAGACGAAUGUCAGCGUUGCCCACCCCAGCCAGCCGGUACCUCUCUGGCCUCCCACUGAUGACACCUCAAUCUGUGCCCAGGGCUCUGGCUUCACCUCUAUGUGGACGUUCUCGGCGACUUUCUUCUGAGCCCCGGAAGAGAUCUGCAGUGAGAACUGAGCCAGCACAGGAGAGCAGCAGGAGGGCCAGCUGUGCACAAGUGGGCCUGGGCCUGUCCGCCGAUGUGAGCUCUUCUCCAUCCUCAGUGCCCCAAGCUCUUUGCUUUUCUCCAGAGAAAAGUGAUUUUCCUCCUUCAGAAGGGCCUGCUACCUUUGCUACUCAGGAUGAAGCAAGGCCAUGUAAAGACUUGCAUCCUGGUGAGGCUCUCCUUGUAGACAUCGGGCUGGAUCAGCCCAUCGCUCCUGAAGUGGAAGGCAGACCCCAAGCCGACCUCCCUCUCAUCGACUUCUGCAGCACGCCUGAGGCAUAUAUGGCUUUGGGAUCUGACAGCAGGCCCCUGAUCGACCUCAUGACGAACACUCCAGACGUGGACAGAAACAAUGGGGUGAAGCCUCUGCAAGCUGAGCAGCGACAGCUGAUUGACCUGGGUUCUCCUCUUAUCCAGCUGAGCCCUGAAGCUGACAAAGAAAACAUGGACUCACCACUUCUCAAGUUCUGA